UAUACAGAGGCAUAUUCAUAAUUUAUUAAAAUAUGUAUGUGUGAGUUGUUUGUGUGUGUAAACUUAUGUCAAUAAAAUCCUUUCCCUAUGUGAAAUGAGUUUAUUAAUAAUAAAUUCUAAAGAUUAUUUGUAUUAGUUCGCAUAUCUACAAAUGUAGAAUUCUUGACGAAGACGACUAAUUCGCCAUUGUUUAUAAGCAAUUAUAAAAUGGAAUGGUUACGCAAUAACAGUUUUAUUAGUGUAAAUCGACAAUCUCGUAAUAUUUUGAAUACAAACGAGGAGUGUGAUCCUGGAGCUUGUUAUGAUAGUUUUAAGGAACAUUGGUUACAAACCUAUAAAAUAAUUCAAAGAAGCCAGCAACUACCCAGUCAAGAUGAUGUCUUGAGUGUUGUAAAUCAUUUAGAACAAAUGGUUACUUUACUUGUAUAUGAUGUAAAAAAGGCUGAUAUGGUUGCUAAUUUAAAUAUUAGUGAUUCGAAAUGUUUGAAUUAUCUUUUGGAUUCAAGAAUUUUAGAACAGUUAUUUGAAUGGGGUAUAAGAACAGGAAAGUAUGCAAAUGCAGUCUGUCUAGAACAGCUAAAAUUUUAUGAAAUGUUAGUUUGUCAUGUGAGACAACUUCUACUAGCUCAUGAAACAUUUUUGAGGCCUAUGCUAAGGUUACUUAAUUCUUGCCAGUCCAAUGUUUUCCCAAAAGAUGUUGAAAAAUGUUUAGUUUCCUUAUUAUCCCAAAUUUGUGUUUUAUUAACACAAAACAGUGACAUGUUGGAGUUAUUUUUUACAACAGAACAGGGACGCCCAAAGUUUAUAAUUUUUGAUCUUUUGGUUACUUUCCUUCAUCGAGAGGACUAUUCUGGAAUGCAAGCAAGAGAUGCUUUACUUCUCUGUAUGUCUUUAACAAAGAAAAAUGAUCAGAUAGCUUCCUAUAUUUCUGAACAAGUAAAUAUAUGUGUCCUUCUUGCAACAGGAUUAAGUGGUCUCUACACUAUUUUACCAAAUGUACUAAGUGAUAUAGUUUCCCCUGAUUGGCAUCGUUUAACACCAGAUGAUGUAAAAGAUAUAAAAAACCUUUGUACAUUUAUAACAUCUUUGGAAUUUAGCAAUGCUGUUGCUCAAGUUUCUCAUCCAUCCAUACAAAAACAAAUGCAAGAGUUUCUUCAUAGAGGUUUUUUAAUACCUGUUCUUGGUCCUGCCCUUCUACAAACAGAUCCUGCCGAACAAAUUGCUGCAACAGCCUAUUUGGAACUUAUUUUGAGAACUGUAACCAGCCCCGGUUUACUUUAUUCGUUAUUGCAGUUUUUAUUGCAAGUACCAUAUGAUGGUCAGAAAAUGUUAGACAUACUUAUUAAAAGAAUAAAUUCUGAAAACCAAAUUAGCCUGGUUACAAUAUCCUUAUUUGAAACUAUAGUUGAUUUAAACUGUGAAGAUUUAAUGUUGGAGCUGGUUUUUCAGCAUUUAUUGCCAUCACUACAUCUCAUACUCUCCCACAGACAGAAAAUGUUGCUGUUAGAUCCCCAUUGUCACAGUUUUGAGAAAUUUUUAGCUUUAGCACCAAAUUGUAUUAAUAUAGAACAGUUACCAAGAAUUGAUGAAAAACCUAUUUUCUGGAAUUACUUUGGUGGUCAUCAAACUCUGUAUGGAAAUUAUCAUGCUUACUUAUGUGAUGCAAGAAGUAAAAUUACUUCGUGUCAAAUAGGAUGUUCUAACUGGAGUAAUUCUUAUAAUGGUUAUGAAGUCCCACUUUCUGAAACAAAUUUUUCAGAAGAUAAUGUGAAUAGUUUGCCUUCAUUGGGAGAAAGUAGUGGUUAUGAAAGUUUAAAAGCAAAACUAGAUGAAAAUAUUGACGAAACCAGUUGCGAUCUACCGAUUUGGCAAAUUUCACAGUCAAAUUUAAACAAUCAAAUAAAACAACAAAGCAUGAGUGUAACUUUGACUAAUGAUAAUGAAAAUUUAAACUCUACAUGUGGCGCGGGGCCUUUUUUAACUGCCGUUUUGGAAAAACUCAAAUGUUUUUUAUCAAAUUCGCUAUAUAUAAAUCUCCAUCUAACUGGCUUGAUUUCAAGGCUAGCAGUUUAUUCACAACCGUUACUUAGGUCAUAUUUAUUGGAUCAUAGUUUAGUUCUUCAGCCAAAUAUUCCUUCUUUGUUUCAGAUAAUAGGAAUUUUAAAAUUACAAAUUGACGAAUUUAUGGGCCUACAACCUGACAGUACAAGUCUUAUACGUCAAGCAAAGGAAUUCUUACUGGAAAGGGAAACUAGACUGAUAAAUGCACGUAGAAAUGCAGUGGAGAGAAACAUUUCAUCUUCACCAAGCAUUGAAAUUGAAGAACCUUUUCGAAGAAAUGGCUCUAAAAGAAGAAGCUUUACGUCAUCAUUUUCAUCUAUUUCAAAUAUGUUUGCAAGACGACCGAGCCAAAUAGACAGUAACAUACCUUUAAUAACAACGGGAGAAAGUAGUGUAAGUUAUCAUAUCGCAAAAUUUACUCAUGCGCAACACGUUGCCUUAUGUGCUGUGCUCUUAGACGAGUGGGUUAAGGAAUUGGCUGCCCUUGCUCAAGAACAUACUAUAGCCCAAUUGGCUGCACUUUUAAAAUAGUAUAUUUUAUCUAAACUAAAAUCUAUCGUGGUAUUUUAAAAGUACAAAACUAUGCGGCCCUAAAGUGUUCUCACUAACAAAAACUGACGAUAAGAAAAAAAUGUGAUCACUAAUUUUUAGCUUAAGUAUGAUAAUGUCCAUAAAGUCGUUUACAACUUUUGCCUCCGUGAAAUAUACAACAUCCAAUGGAUAUAUUACAUAAAGAAGUUUUGCAACCAUUUCAUACUAUUUUUAUAGUCCAUGUAUUUGUUGCUAGACGUUUUUAUUUUAUUUUUGUUUACAGUUCAUUGUUCUCUUAUUUAUUGCGUUAGUUAGUCUUAUUUUACUUUUUUUUAUUUAUCCCCAGUGAAUAUUAUGAAAGUAGGUAUCUUAUUUUUAUUGCAUAAUAUUAUUAUUUUUGUUUCUUUUUACAAAAUAUGUUUUGUAUUUCAUCAAUUCUUUAAAAGCGUAACUUUUUUUAUUCUUUAAACAGUUUUUAUUUUCUUAUGUGAUAUUUUGUUUAUAUGCCCAUAUUAAUAUUCCUUUUAGUUCUUAAUAAUAGAUUCUUGUAUCAAAAAUUGUUAUUAUAUUAACAAAAUAUUUUUCGAUUGAGUGAAUUAAUGCCGUUAGUUCCGAAGCAAUAUAAAACCUAGUCUUAAAGGUUAAAAUAUAAUAGAUAC